AUGCCACAACCUUCAUAUCCUCUGGGGUUGGCAGAUUGGUGUCUUCCUUUCGACAAAAAUCUUCCUAAAGAAAUCACAACUCAUUUUAUUAAUCUUCCAGUAAAACGUUACGAUGAAAUACCUGAAUUUUUGUAUUCUGUACCGGAUCUUCUUAAUAAACUAAAUGACGCAUUCACGGCUUAUACCACAAGUUUUAAAUUAAUAUCAGAACAAGUAAUCAUGCCAAUCGGAGUUUGUAAUUACUGCCAAGAGUUGAGCAAGUUUGUAAAGGGACCUAAUCGAAAAAAUACCUUUCUUGAAAAUGUUGAAAAAGCUCAAAGAUAUCUCCAGAAAGAAGGGUUUGCUGGAAGAGUAGAAGGUAAUGUAUUGGAAGUUUUUGAGGGAGUACGUGAAAAUGUUACAGAACUUGAUGUUGUGAAUGAAUAUUUGGUGAAUUCCAUGAUUGAUGCUUCUGAUGUUUUUGGAAAAAUAUAUAGACUUUUGGAUGAGGGUGAAUUGGAUUCAUUAUAUGAAAGGUUAAUAUUGGAAGAUGAAGAAAAAUUCAUAAGUGAAAAGACACAUGAGUAUUUAGCAUUUUUUGAUGAUAUUGUACCUGCUCAAUUGAAGGAAGACAAAGCGGUUUAUAGUUAUCUUGUGAACGAAAGUAAUAAUGAGACUAUAGAAGAAAACAAUGAAGUAGAGAAAAUAGUACAUCAAUUGGGCAGUGUACCUGAAAAAUAUCACUAUUUAUCCAACUUCUUUCCUAUUCCGGCGAACUAUGAACAACCCAAAAUGCUUGAUUUAUUUAUUGUCAAGAAUAUCUCUAACCAUUUUGACAUCAUCAUAAAAAUGAAUGGUGUCAUGAAUAAGACUCCUGAGCGGAUAUGGACGGCCCAUGUAUUAGCAUACAUUUUUUUUAUCACUUUUUGUUUUAUUGACUCAUCGCAGUAUUUUUCAUGUGAAAGAGACAUAUCUACAAAGAUCGAUAUUCAAGAUAACGGCUAUAAAGCUGAUGGACAAAUUCCAUUAUUUUUGCUUGAAGUAUCGGAAGGGCUUAAUAACCCAGAUCCAGACAAGAUUAAUGAUGAUAGGCAUAAAUUACUGAGCGAGGGUGUCUUUAGCCUUAAUAAAUUUAUGUUGAGUACCGAGUUACCAAAAUGGAAAGUAUGCGAAACACUGAGGAUUUUCUUAGCCCAAGCAUUUGCUGAUAAAAUUGAGAUUGGCCAGUUAAUAUUUAUUGGUCUUGGUUUAUAUCUUUUUGCACUAUUUACAAUCCCAGUUCUUACGAUCCCAACUUCUAAUACUGAUCUAAAUCAUAUUAAAAGGUUUAUAGAGUUUAGAAAGGAAGGACAAGAAAACAUAACGAAAUCCAAGCCCAAGUAUGCAACUGGAUUCACACCAGAAUGGCGAAAUGCUGUAACGUUUGCAAAAUUUCUGCCAAAAAUAUUAAGAGAAGGAAAGAAUGUGAAUGGUAGGGGAGAGGUCACAGUAGGGGUCGUGCCUUAUUAG